AUGGGCGAGCACAACCUCCUUAAUCCCGGCUUUGUGGGACCUCUGGUGAACAUCCACACGGGAGACACCUUCUACUUCCCCAAUUUCCGAGCCUCCGGAGGGCAGCUGCCCGGGCUGCCGUCCCUCUCCUACCCCCGCCGGGACAACGUCUGCUCCCUGCCCUGGGCAUCCUCGGAGCCCUGCAACGGGUACCCGCAGCCCUACCUGAGCAGCCCCGUCUCCAUUAACCCUUCAUUCGGCAGAGCCUGCGACCUCGCCCGGGUGGAGGAAAGCAAAUGCUACUACCGGGAAACCUGCUCCGACACGGCCGGGCUCAAGCGGGAGGAGAGGGGCAGGGACAGUGCCUUGCUGCCCCUCGAAGCCGGCCUCCCCAAUGGCAUGGGGGGCAAUUUCAGCAAAUAUGACUAUCCGGCCGCCGAGGCAGUGCCCCACGACCCUCCGUCGUGCCAGUCCUUGGAGUCAGACUCCAGCUCGUCCUUGCUCAAUGAAGGGAAUAAAGGCACGGCCGGCGAAGCGGGGGGCUUGGUGUCCCCCCUGAACCAAGGCAGCACUUUAGGCACCGGUGGUGCUCCUUGGUACCCGAUGCACACACGGUCCCGGAAAAAGCGAAAACCCUAUUCCAAGCUGCAGCUGGCAGAGCUGGAGGGGGAGUUUAUGGUCAAUGAAUUCAUUACUCGCCAAAGAAGGAGGGAGCUCUCAGACCGAUUAAACCUGAGCGACCAGCAGGUGAAGAUCUGGUUCCAGAACCGGCGCAUGAAAAAGAAAAGACUCCUCCUGAGAGAGCAAGCCCUUUCUUUCUUUUAA